AUGACCCGCCGUUCAUUACCCCUGAACGGGACCAACCAAACGCCAAUGAAAGACACCCUUAGGCACAGGAAUAUCAAUGUCUCACAGACCAAGAAAAUUGGAAAUGGUCAUACAAGCCCAUCAAAUUCAACCCCAAAGCCCAAAGAACGGGGCUCUGUUCUUGAUCGCUGCAAGGAUUUCGCGCGUAAGCACACGUGGACGAUUCCACUAGGUCUCGUGCUAGCCUUCCUCUCACUAUACGCGCUCAACCCGACCGAGUCAAACCCAAUCGCUCAUUUCAUAUUCCUCUCCUACAAAGAGGAAUCCCUGAAUAGCGACCCAAAUGUCCCCAUACAGUAUGGAAAGGGUCUGUGGGACAUAGCAUUCGUGUCGUUCUACGUGAUUGUGCUAUCCUUCACGCGCGAAUUCAUCAUGCAGGAAAUUCUCCGCCCGCUAGCAGCCUCGCGCAUCAAGUCGCGGGGGAAACAAACCCGCUUCAUGGAACAGAUGUACACGGCGAUCUACUUUGGAUUCCUCGGUCCCGCGGGGUUGUAUGUCAUGCGCCACACGCCGGUUUGGUACUUCAACACCCGGGGCAUGUACGAACUCUUCCCGCAUAGGACCCAUGCGGCUGAGUUCAAGUUUUACUACUUGUUUGAGGCGGCUUAUUGGGCGCAGCAGGCUAUCGUUAUGCUGCUGGGAAUGGAGAAGCGCCGGAAGGACUUCAUGGAGCUUGUUGCGCAUCAUAUUGUGACUUUAGCGCUUAUUGCGCUCAGCUAUCGCUUUCACUUUACCUAUAUGGGCAUUGCUGUUUAUAUCACGCAUGAUAUCAGUGAUUUCUUCCUUGCCCUCUCAAAAUCUCUCCAUUACAUAGCCCCGGACAUAAUGAUACCCUUCUACGCAAUCUCGAUCGGCACGUGGGUCUAUCUCCGUCAUGUUCUCAAUCUUCGGAUCCUUUGCUCCCUUCUGACCGAGUUCCGAACCGUCGGGCCCUACGAGCUCAACUGGGAGACUCAACAGUACAAGUGCUGGAUCUCAAACAUCAUCACGUUCGCAUUGCUGGCCUUACUGCAGGCUCUCAAUCUCUUUUGGUUGUAUUAUCUGUUGCGCAGCGCUUUCAAGUUCCUCGCGACCGGGGAGAAAAAGGACGAUCGCUCCGAGCCGGAUGAGUCUGAAAUUGAGCAAGAUGAACUCAAGGCUGUUGAGGGGAUUAAUCGCCAUGCUUCGUUGAAUGGCGUUGCAUUGCCCAAUGGCAAACCCCAGCAUGCCACUGACCCUGUGGGUAUCUCUGUGAAGGCUGGAGCUCGCUAA